AUUUAUAAUUCGAUAACCAUUCAAUGUGGAUGUGCGAAUUUGUUAUAGAGCAGUACAGUUGGAUUUUAGAUUCAAUCUUUUCAUUUGCGUUGGCUAGACCUAGGACCCUGUUAAGACACCCCUCCCCUGUAAAUAUUUGCGUAAAUAUAUUUCUUCCUGUAAUUUUAGUGUUACACACUAACAUUCAAAGUAGUGAACAAUAGUCAAUAAACUGGUUCGACGCGCGACAGGUAUCUUAUCUACCCCAAGCAGAACCUUGCUUUUGUGUUGACUGUUGAAGUACGUCCUCGCUUCUCUUUGUAAAAUGUAAACAAAAGGAAUUAUCAAUUACCUAAAAGAAGAGCAAUAAAUUAUCCACCUAAUAUUCAAGGUAACGACCCUGACCCAUUGUUAGAUAUUCCUGUUUACUCUGUAAGUACCUACUUUAAUUACAUGCCACAUAGUAAAAAUAAUUUCCCUAAUUGAGUCAGUCUCACCGUUCAUCUCAUUAGAGUUUGGUCGUUUGGUUGUGAGGGAAAUUGCCAAAUUUUUUCAUUAAUGACGUUCUGGCACUCGCGCGAAGUUUGAUACAUUGUUCAUGAUUAUAGUGAAUAGUUGGCCUUUUGGCUCAGAAACAGACUUUUUCGAUUGUAAAUUGUGAUGGAAUGCUUGAAUGGAUGCACGAUAUUUGGAUAGGUACUGUUUAAAAGAGUAUGUGCAAUUUUCAGUCGUCCCCGAACAGGUGCUGGAUCAGUUGCUUCCGAUGACGGUCGCGUACGAUGAACCGGCGGGGAUCGUUAGGCGCUACGGUUCCGGGAUCGAUGUUGCCGUAGGAAACGGGCUGCUCGAUGGGCUGUAGCUUCCAGGCGCGUUGUGGUUUCGUCGGGCUAGGCGGUAGCGGCGAAACGGGUGUCGGAAAUGGGCUCCUCUGGAAGAAACGGCGGAUCUCGUUUCGUCGCUGGCGUUUCACCUUCCUGGGCGUCGUAGGUGGCAUGGGCGCGACGUACUGUCCGCGGUGGCUGCUGGUAGGAAUGCCGGGCUCGGUGAACGCCGGCUGGGGUAACCUGAUUGUGUUUACCGGGCUCGGUGAACGCCGGUUGGUGAGGCAGGCUAUUAUGAACACUGCCAAAAAUUGAAUACUGGCUAUGAGACAACACAGUAUUAGUGAGAUGACCGCUAUAAGGAAACAGAUGCAUCUGAUUUAUUCUGCUGCUGGCUCGCCUUAUAAAGGCCGUCUGUUGGAGUGGGGAGAAGCCGUUUUGCAUGUCUCGGCCGUGAGUGAUCUUUUAUCUUCUCAACUGGAACCGGAUGAAGGAGAGGUCACGGCGGACGAAUUGGAUGAUAUUAUUUUUACACCCACAACCUUAACCAUUGAUGAAAACCAUUUCCUAUUAUGCAGCUACCAAAACAUCAACGCUGCAUAUCUCACACAAUAAAUUUAAUUGCCACUACAGGCAUGAUGAAAUCGAUAAACAAGACCGUAGCAAUGCGAACUCGUCAUACAAAUAUAAUUAAUAAAUGCCUUCAACUAUGGUGUAAGGCUGGUCGCCCAAAGUCAGCGGAAAUCAUUAAAGAAGUAUUAGGUCACCAUCUCAGCUAUCCUGGCAUUACACGCUGGAAUUCAUACUACGCCUCUGUAAAUCAAAUUGUGAGUGAGAGAGAUAAGUUGCCAACGCUUUAUGAAAAAUUGUCAAUCAAGCAAUUUUUAUUAAAGGAAAAUGAAGUAGAGUAUUUAGUAGAAUAUUUAAAGGUACUCAAACCUCUUGCUUCGGCAUUAGACAUCUUGCAAGCAGACACUAAUAUAUAUUAUGGAUUCGUCAUACCUACUAUCGCCAGCUUAAAGAUAAAACUGGAAAAACUGAAAGUUGAAGGUUUAAGAUAUCUGUCUUCAACGGUGAAUGAUUUAUUAAUAUCAAUCUCUAGGAGGUUCCGAGAAUAUUUAACGUUUCAAAACGAAGAUGCAAUUCUUGCCGCAGUUUCUCAUCCAGCCUUUAAAAUGAGGUGGGUUACUUUAUUUAAAGGAGAACGAGACUUAUCUCAAGUUAGCGAAAACAUUAAGAGACUGUUUGUACGUGCCGUCGAGGAAUUGACCCUCGCCAGUGAAAGUGAAGUUGGUGAAGAACUGUCGAAACAAACGUCAAUUAAUGAUUUUUUUGAAUUUGACGAUUAUGAUGUCCAUGGUGGUGACCAUCCAAUAACUGUAAAUUCUAAGUCAGGGAAAGCAGAAUUAGAAUGUCUGCAGUAUUUACAAGACCCACUAUCAGAAUUGGCGAUGUUUAAUAAAUAUAAAUAUGUACAAAAAUUGUUCUUUAGGUAUAAUACUGCGCUACCUUCAUCGGCAGCAGUGGAAAGAAUGUUUUCAUAUGCAACAUUUAUUGACACGCCACGCAUUAUCCGACAUUAAUUUUGAAAAUCUAGUACUUACGAAGGCAAAUAAUCAUUCUAAAAUU